GCUGGACGAAAUCGAUGUCAUCGAGGCCUCCCUGACCUACAGCUCCGAACUGCCCACGGACGUUGGUCUGGAGGCCUCUGGACCGUCCCGCACUGCAGAGGAGCUGGAAUUGGAGGUGAGAGAUCUGAGUCCGAUUCAAGAAGAGCAUCCACCUUCCGAUGAUUCCCCACCAGCCAUUGCCGUGCAGGCGACGGAUGACGACCACAUCCCAAAGACAAAGGAUGAGCUGCGUCAAGAGAUGGAUGUCCUGGCUGCCUCCCUCACGGCUGGUCUAAACCUACCUGCACUCCAAGACGAAGAAGGGGAG